AUGAGAAACCAAACAUCAGUGAUUGAGUUCAUUCUUCUUGGACUGACAGAUAACACUGAGCUUCAAGCUGUGCUUUUCCUUUUAUUACUACUAACUUAUGUCUUAAGCAUUAUGGGAAAUUUGACUCUCAUCAUUCUGACACUGCUGGAUUAUCGCCUCCAGAGUCCUAUGUAUUUCUUCCUCAGGAAUUUUUCCUUUUUGGAAAUCUCCUUCACCUCUGUCUUUGUGCCCAAAAUGCUAGUCAACAUUGAAACAGGAGACAAGACUAUUUCCUAUGCCGGCUGCUUCACUCAGUACUUUUUUGCCAUCCUUCUGGGAGCCACUGAAUUUUACCUUUUAGCUGCCAUGUCCUAUGAUCGCUACGUUGCCAUCUGCAGGCCCCUGCAUUACACAACUGUGAUGAGCAGGAGACUGUGCAUUCGACUUGUCCUUUGUUCCUGGUUCUCUGGUUUCUUAGUCGUCAUUGUGCCGCAUAUAAUGAGUCUCCAGCUGCCUUUCUGUGCAUCCAAUAUCAUCAAUCAUUAUUGCUGUGAUUACACAGUCCUAUUGCAUUUAUCCUGUUCAGACGCACAUUUCAUAGACAUGAUUGAGACUAUCCUUGUUGGGGUGACACUCAUCUUCACACUGAUGUUAGUGAUUCUUUCCUACACAUAUAUUAUCAGGACGAUUCUGAGAAUCCCUUCAGCUCAGCAAAGGAAAAAAGCUUUUUCUACGUGUUCCUCUCACGUGAUUGUGCUCUCACUGUCUUAUGGAAGCUGUCUAUUUAUGUAUAUGAAUCCUUCUGUUGAGGAUGCAGCCACUUUCAAUAAGGGAGUAGCUGUGCUAAAUACUUCAGUUGCCCCUCUGUUGAACCCAUUCAUCUAUAGCCUAAGGAACCAGCAAGUGAAAAUAGCCUUCAAAGAUAUGGUCAAUAAGAUACGAUUUUUAUUUUUUAAGAAAAUGAAAUUAUUUGAGGUCAAUCACUAA